CGGAGUCUAGCGGAGCGGGUUCUUCGGCGGGUCUCAGGACAAGCCAAUGACUACAAAACAUAAUUGUCAAUCCAGUUUCCUGUAGCCUAAGAGAUGAAGAUUCAAUUAUUUGUUACCUGGUCAUAAACUACUAAUUCAGACUUCACAAAAUUUAUUUUAGAAAGAAGAAACAAUGUAACUCCGUCACUGGGAAGACUGAGGCCAAGGUGAAGAGGGCGGUAGGAGGAAGAGCAUGGCCUGGCCACAGGUUUUGCAGAGAGGAGCUCUCCUCACCAGCUUCAGCCAUCACCAUGUUGCCGUGUUCCUGCUUACCUUCUUCAGCUAUUCACUGCUCCAUGCGUCAAGAAAAACGUUUAGCAAUGUGAAAGUCAGUAUCUCUAAGCAGUGGACCCCAAAUGCUUUUAACACAUCACUUGACCUGCCUGCGGAGAUUUGGAGCAGCAACCAUCUCUUUCCCAGCACAGAGGAAGCCACUCUCUUUCUUGGAACACUAGAUACUGUUUUCCUGUUCUCCUAUGCUGUGGGCCUCUUCAUCAGCGGCAUCAUAGGGGACCGGCUGAAUUUGCGAUGGGUUCUGUCUUUCGGCAUGUGCUCUUCUGCAUUCGUGGUGUUUGUCUUUGGUACUCUUACGGAAUGGCUGCACUUCUACAACAAGUGGUUCUACUGCGGCCUGUGGAUUGUGAACGGCCUGCUGCAGUCCACUGGCUGGCCCUGUGUGGUUGCUGUGAUGGGCAACUGGUUUGGGAAAGCUGGCCGAGGAGUUGUCUUUGGUCUCUGGAGUGCCUGUGCUUCGGUGGGCAAUAUUUUGGGAGCAUUCCUGGCUUCAUCGGUUCUCCAGUAUGGCUAUGAGUACGCCUUUCUGGUGACCGCAUCUGUGCAGUUGGCUGGUGGGAUCGUCAUCUUCUUUGGACUUCUAGUGUCACCAGAAGAAAUUGGUCUCCCAAGCAUCGAGGCAGAGGAGAGCUCGGAAGAAGAUUCACAGAGGCCACUCAUCGACGGUGCUGAAAAUGAAGAUGACUAUGAGCCUAACUAUUCGAUCCAGGAGGACAGGGCUGUUGUCCAAGUGAAGGCCAUAAGCUUUCAUCAGGCUUGCUGCCUUCCUGGAGUCAUCCCGUACUCACUGGCCUACGCCUGCCUGAAGCUAGUGAACUACUCCUUUUUCUUCUGGCUGCCCUUUUAUCUGAGUAACAACUUCGGGUGGAAGGAAGCCGAAGCCGACAAGCUGUCCAUUUGGUACGACGUCGGAGGCAUCAUAGGUGGGACUCUGCAAGGCUUCAUCUCUGACUUACUGCAGAAGAGAGCGCCUGUGCUGGCCCUCAGCCUCUUCCUGGCCAUUGGGUCCCUUGUUGGAUAUAGUCGCUCUCCAAACAAUAAGUCCAUCAAUGCGCUUCUGAUGACCAUUACAGGGUUUUUUAUCGGCGGACCAUCCAAUAUGGUUAGCUCUGCUAUUUCCGCAGACUUGGGUCGCCAAGAGCUGAUCCAAGGAAGCAGCGAGGCUCUGGCGACUGUCACUGGGAUCGUGGAUGGAACAGGGAGUAUUGGUGCUGCUGUGGGCCAGUAUCUGGUGUCUUUGAUCCAGGACAACUUAGGAUGGAUGUGGGUUUUCUACUUUUUUAUUCUCAUGACAAGUUGUACAAUUCUGUUUAUCUCGCCAUUAAUAGUGAGGGAAGUAUUCUCUCUUGUGCAAAGGAGACAAGCUCACACACUUAAUGAAUGACGGGUUCCCACAGGAGAGAACGGACUGGGAAGCUUAUGAGGGCCCAUAGGCCUUCAGUUCACUCGUGUGGAGUUCUCUAAACACUAAUGGAGCCUCGGCUUGUCAGGCAUCCUACAACACUGCCAGCUACUCCAGACACUGGCAAGUAAGGGGCGAAUUAUUUUUGUACACUACAGCAGUUACUGGAGACUUUUACUACGUUUGUGAAUGACUGAAAGGAAAAAGAGCUGGCCAGCAUCUUUGUUGGGCUCGUCAGCUUAUCCCUCUAACCUUAGAGACUGGUUUUGGUCCUGGACCCUUGUUCUUCAGCCUUAAUCAAGAGCUAAGUGAUUAGGAGGCACAAUCAUGUUGUAUUGAUGAGAAGACUGUGGUACAGUGCUCUGAUACCCCAUUUGCAGAGAGUGGAUCACCAUUAAGGCAUCAGAGCAGAGCUGAGUCCAGAUGAUGCUACAGGCCUGCCGUGGACAGAGCACACCUUUACCAAGGUGGAAAGAUCACACUGUGCUAUGGCUGGGUCACUCUGUGGCUUCUGGAUUCCUCGUCCUCUCUAGAAUGGCUGUUGGCUUGUUCUCCUCCAACUUCACUCACACUUGACUGACUCCUAGGAGCAGUCUUCUGAUGGUGGACUAUUAAGUUAUUUCAGACAUUCCAGUAUGGAUCUUUCAACCCCACGUUCAUAGUCUGGGAACGACAAGACCCUCUGAGAAGCUGUUCUAUGUAGCCUUAUUGUUGGAAGAUUGGUCUAUGUCGCAGCCGCAGCCGGGUUCCUGGAGUUCCCUCAGCAGAAGACCAGGCAUAGAGAAAAGACAAAGGCUCUUUGUCCUGGGGGUGUGAAGUGUAUGUAUUGAAUCAUGUUAGUGGAUUGUUAGGGCCUGAGGCCUGCCCUUUAGAUUGUAGCGUGUAUGUCUUCAAGCCUAUGAAUUCUAUAAGAAUUAAUUCUUAAAGGUCAUUCUGUACAUACAUUUUAAAUUAUGUAAACAAACUAGGAGGAAAAUGUACAAUUUUGAGGGACACCUAAUUCACGUUGGGUUAGGAAAUAUUCUUUCACCUCUUGCUUUAUGCUCCAAAGUAUGUAUUGAUGAACUUGCAGGAAUACUACAGGUUUCUGACCAUUUUCCUGUUCAGUCACUGACAUAAAGGGAAACACAAAACACAGGAAGGGAGGGGAACAGACCCCAGCUUUUGUAAUAAACGUCCAGGGUGGUUUGGUUACUUAAUCCCUGCUUAAGCUUGACAUUGCCUCUCACUUUCCCUUUCUGUGGUGCUGGGGUCCUGCACAUGCCCAGUGUGUCUCCCACUGCCCAGCACUCCAGCCCAGCCCUACAAUUAACUACAAUGGUGCCUUGAAUUCCCCAACACUGCUUGUCACUGGAAGCAGACAGCUCACCGCCUUGCCAGGUGGAGCUGCUCCCCUGCCCUGUCCUGGGAUGCCUCAUUCCCAUUAGAGGGAGCACCUUCUCCCUCUGAGGCAGACUGCUCAGUGGUGCCUGCGGAUGACACCUAUUUACUGGUGAGCCUCUCGUCGGCAGGCAUGUGGCUCAGAGGUUCAUCCCCAUCAGUGGGUUGCGUCUUCAGGUUCUGAUAUCAGCCUGUGCCUUCUUUUCCAGUUUAGUCUCUCUGAAUCUGAGUAUGUUCUUGAUCUACUUCUGCCCACCUGUGAAGGAAGUAACUUUAACGAACGACUAGGCGUUCGCCUCAUUUUAUUAUUAAAUGUUUCCCUGGAAGAAAGGGUCAGAGCUGGGGACCUGGCUGAGUGGGUGAAGUGCUUGCUUUGAAAGCAUGGAUGCCUGAGUUUGGAUUCUCAGUCCCCAUGUACACAUCUGGGUGCAGCAGCACACACCUGGAAUCCCAGUGCUCGGGAGCCAUUGGAGACAGGUCUAGCUGAACUAGGUCCAGAGAGCCUGUCUCAGAAGAGAGUGAGGGGCUCGAGGGGUGGCUUGGUGGCUCUAGAGUACUGACUGCUCUCCCAGAGGACCCAGAUUCAGUUCCCAGAACCCACACGAUAGCUCACAACCAUCUACAUACCUUCAGUCUCAAGGGAUACUGCACCCCCUUCUGACCUUCACAGGCACCACAUGCACAUGAUACACUUAAAUACUUAAGGCAAAGCACAAAUACACAUAAAUACUACUUAAAAGGGGGAGGGGGUGUGAUAGAGGAAGAUACCCAGUGUUGACCCCUGGUCUCCAUGUGAUCAUGUACCCACACACCUAUGCACAUGUGCUAACAUAUAUCAAAAAAUAGCAGAAAAUGGACUAAAAAUUAAUUUGGGGGAAAAAAAAUGAAGGAGGCUUUUACACACUGAAAUAAAGAAUGACUGGAUGGGAAACACUUUGCCCUUAAGUGUGUCCUGUUCCGGAAUCCGACAAUAGUAGUUACAUAUUCCUUAAGUCAGAACUUAGGAAAAGAAAGAAAACCCCUUCCUGACAGGUUGAAG